AUGAACUUGAUGAAUAUAUACUGUUAUUCUUUAUCUGCAGGUUCAUGCUUUGCAAGAUUGGAUAAUAUUUUGUUAAACAAUAAAAGUGGAGAAGACGAAGUGAACGGUGUCUCCGAUACUCUUUCCAAAGAAUCUCAACCUAAAGGUUUAUCAGCUGUAAUUCCUGGAUGGUUCUCUGAAAUCAGCCCAAUGUGGCCAGGGGAGGCACAUUCCUUGAAAGUGGAAAAAGUUUUGUUUCAAGGAAAGUCUGAUUAUCAGGAUGUUAUGGUCUUCCAGUCAGCAACAUACGGCAAGGUUCUUAUUUUGGAUGGAGUCAUUCAGCUCACAGAAAGAGAUGAGUGUGCUUACCAAGAGAUGAUCACUCAUCUUCCUCUUUGCUCUAUUCCAAACCCCAAAAAGAAUGUUAAUGUGCCCAACACCGUGCCGGCUCCUGCUGCACAAUUGGUUACAUUAGUUUAUAUACAUGCUGAAACUUUGCAAAGCUUGUUGAGCUUGAUAGGAAACAAUUCUAUUCUCAUACAAAGGGUCACCGUAGUAAGGAUGAUGGAGCAUAAUAAUACGGUGCAUGCCAGGUAUUCUGGCAUGGUUGAAAUGACAGUGGAAAACUUGAGAAUUGCUGUGAAUUGCUGUGAAUGCCGUGAAAUGUUAUGA